CGCCGAUCCGACAUAUCGCUUCAAUCCUGGGCUCCCCUGCAGGGGGCGGCGGUCCGUAGCCACUUGGGCUCAAGACGAGCCGCAAGGCUGAAGGCUGUGCCAGCUGGCGCCCGCAGCUUCCGUUCGUGUGCGAAAUUCUGAGGCCGGGCCCGUUCUCGGCGAUGACGUCGCAGCUGAAGGCCCUGCUGAUCGUGUCUUCGGCCGUGCUCGGGCAGAGCAGCCGGGUGGACAUCACGCUGCAUAGCUGGUUGGACUCGAGGACGCCGUCGCAGAGGCCAGCAAUUCGAGUUCCCAGGGCACCUACACGUGCGAGUGCGACGGCAAGCAGGUGAUGAAGAUGGGGCACAUGGCAGCGGUAGCGCUGGGCGCCUUCCCGUGCCUGCAGAAGUGCGGCGAGAUGGGUGCCCAGACCUACUGCGUCUACGUCUCCUCGCGCCACGGCGGGAGGACGUGCCACCCCGUACCGCCCAAGGAGAAGUUCUGCGUAAAGACGAGGUACGAGCAGGGUGUGCUCUCCUUCGGCCAGUGCACGGAAGCCUUCGACGUCACGGAAGAGGUGGUCGCGUACAAGAGCGACCUCGUCGGGGCGCACUUUGCCCGCGAGGCCGCGCGCAAGUGCAGCGGGUGGUGCACCGAGACGCAGGACAUCGACGCGGGCGCAUGCCCCUGAUCGGGCACGCAGCGUCGGGUAUCGGGAUGGUGCGGCGCCUGGCCUCGAUACCCCGGCCAUGCAAACACGCAAACAAAAACACGCACAAUGCCGACAAAUGCACGGGAAAUGGACGUCCGAGCGACGGCAAGUACAGUGGGUGUUGUCACGCUGGGGUGUGGUUUGCGAUCGGCGCCGUCGUGGCUCGGGAGGCCACCGCGCUGCGCCAAGAGGUCUGAAAAGCCCUGUCGAGGCCCUCGCUCUCCCGCGAGCGAGGGGCAAGGGCGCCCCCGCGGGCGCGGAGCUGCUCGCGUCUCGCGCUCCUCCCGUUGGGCGCGAAGGUCGACGAAACGUAAGAGUGACCUUUCGCCAGAGUGACCUCUGCUGCGGGCAC